AUGUUUAGGGGGCUUAAAUACAAGAUCGUUCCUAUGAAUCAAAUCAUCGAUUCCAUAGAAAGACAAAGGAAAAUGCUACUAAAUGAAGAUAUCUCAGGGAUAUUUAACUUUGGCGAUGACAAACUACACAAAGUAUUCCAGAUGCAGUCUUGGUUAUUUUUAACUUCAUACAAUGGAAGCAUUCUUAUAAUUAAAGAGAAACCAGAAAAUGGUUUAAAAAUAGAAAGUCAUCGAAACCUUAUAAUAGGCAUUAAAGGCAACAGCAAAGAUCCAAUCUUUGUUUCAUUUUCAUGUGACAGAAAAAUAAUUUGCUGAAAUGCUGAUAAUGGUAAUAUAUACAUGAUUUUGAAUCAUAUACACGACUUAUUAUCGAUGCUGAAAUUAUUAAUGGCACAAAUUUUAUUGCCACAAUCUCUUCAGAAAGUGAAGGAGUCACAUUACAUUACAUAGAAUUUAUAUCGCUUAACGUCCACUACGGGGUUACAACCCCAGGUUUAUCACUCGCCUUUCGUCGCAUCGGGCCCACCAACCUGCUGGGGACAGACUCGCUUCGAUCUCCAAGGUGCUUCUAGGGCAAAUGUCCACGUCUUCGACGGCUCAUGGAUGAGCUACUUGCUUGUACAUGGGUUGCUUUUCCGAAAAGCCCAAAAAAUGGACUUUUCUGGUCGGCUAUCGGCAAAAAGGAAAAGUACAAAGCCUGGGACGUAACGCCCAGUUUCACGCUAGGGAGUUGCCCGAAUGGUCCAGAGGACUUUGCUGGGCUUCCCCUUUCCAACCUUGCACCCUCCUUUCCCACGAGGAAAAAUCCACCCCUGAGAUUAGACUAGGGCUAGGCUCUGAAAGCUACCAGAAUUGCUUACCUAGCAUUGCUGUCCAUCUCUGAAAUGGUAAAACCUUGCCGGAUAUAAUUAAAAUAUGAGUCGAGGCUGCAUGGCCGGGAGGCCAUGCCCAGACGAAGACGCCAUAUUUUAAAUUAUGAAAGUGAAGGAGUCAAUUUGUGAGAAAAAAACACUGGAUCAUUAA